UUGGCCAGAAUAGAUUGAGAUGUUCACCAGACAAUUAAAUAGGAACUUAUUGCAUUUUUCGCCUGCUGCGUAUCGCUUUCCGCUACUACGACGGCUACUUAGCGCAUCUGUUACUGAAGACAAUGUAGUUGUCGUACAACAACAUCGUUGUGUUGAACCUUUGAAAUUUCCCAGCGUUUGGCUGAGAGACAAUUGCCAAUGUAGUGAUUGUUUUCAUAAGAAUACAAAGAGUCGUCAGGGCAAUUGGAAGCGCACCAAUGUGGAAUCACGUAUACGCAGCAUAAACCGUCACUGUAGGCAAGAUAUGGUGACCAUUGAAUGGUUGGAUAAUCACAAAUCAGAAUUCCAGCUGCAAUGGUUGCGGGAGAGAGACUUUGCGCCGUCUAGCCGCAAUCGUUAUAUAGAAGAAAUUUAUAAGCCCGGCUAUCAGUUAUGGUCAAAGUCGGAUUUUUCAAAAGUGCUACGUACAUUUGAAUUCCAAGACGUUAUGGGUAGCGAUGAAGUACUCUUGGCAUGGUUGGAGUCAUUAGCUGUACAAGGUUUUUCUAUAAUCAAAAACUCAUCACAUGAUGUAACUGUUGCGAGGCAAUUGGCUGAUCGUAUUGGCUUUAUAAAACGAACUACGUACGGUGAAGAGUUUGAAGUGAAGUCCAAAGACGAUGCACGGAACUAUGCCUACAUGAUGACACCACUGCCACUACAUACGGACUUGCCAUACUACGAGUACAAGGCUGGCAUCAACAUAUUACAUUGUUAUGUGCAAUCACAAUCAAACGGCGGCAGUAAUAUUAUGACUGAUGGUUUCUACAUUGCCGAAAGGAUGCGCAAAGAAUUUCCGAAAAUGUAUGAAAUUUUGGUGAAAACACCUGUUGACUGGUGUGAUAUUGGCCAAGAUGGUGAACUAGCAUUCCAUAAUAUUUGGCGUGCCCCUACGAUUUGCUUAGACGUUGAUGGUCGUUAUCAUCGUAUCAACGAAAAUAGUACCAAACGAGAUAGCCACUUCACGGUAGCUAUCGAACAGGUGGUGCCUUGGUAUGAGGCUUACGAUAAAUUCAUUGAGCUCGCAUAUGAAGAAGCUGUUGAAUUCAAAACUACGCCUGGUGAUGUUUUCAUCUUCAACAAUUUGCGUAUGCUGCAUGGACGCACAGCGUAUGAGGAUUCGCCGGAGAACAAAAGACAUUUAAUUGGGGCUUAUGUUGAUUGGGAUAUUAUAUAUUCGAAAAUACGCAUACUUAGAGCCCAAAAGGCUAAUACAUGUAAUAGUAAAUAAAAGAAUGGAAAUGAAAUGAAUUGCAAUUCUUAUCAUCGCAAUAAUCUAUUUAA